AUGGUCCGUCAGGCUGCGGAGGAGAACCGUUUCAUCAUUGUUGGGAGACUAGUCAUGCCUAGAAGGAAAAAGUUUUGGGAAAUUGUUGCGACUAUGCCUCGUAAUUGGGGUCUAGAAGGUAUCGUUCGAGGCAGAAUUACAGAGGGUCGGCGCUUUCAGUUUGUGUUUCCUUCAGAGGAAGCAAUGGAGACGGUGCUACGACGCGGGCCAUGGGCGUAUCCGGAGAGAAUGCUGGUUCUCCAAAGGUGGACUCCUCUAAUGGAUAUGGAGAUCCGAGGCAUUCCAUUGCAGUUUAUGAACCGGGAGGUUAUACUCUAUAUUGCUCGGAUCAUGGGGCAGUACAUCCAAAUGGAGUACAAUGAGGAAAUGGGAGGAAGAUUGGAGUUUGUAAAGAGAAACUUUCAAUUCGCAAUUGGAGUGAACACUUUGCUGAGGUUUCAGUACGAGAGGCUCAAGGGUUUUUGCAAAGCUUGUGGAAUGCUCACACACGAUACCAGUGCUUGUGUCAUUAACAAUGGUGGUGGAGCGCCAGAUGCAGGGGAUGAUGAUAGUGGAGAUGAUCUAGACGAUGAGGAAGUUACCCCUAAUCAAGGCAUAAUCAUUGAAGAAGUUCAAGAAGAAGCUGCAUGA